AUGCGACACCGAUCAGCCAUCACUUUCAUUCCAGGCGCGCUAACUAUUGCUCCUCCCCCUUGCAGCGGUGGUAACACUCCCGCCAACAACACCCAGCAAGCCCAGCCGUCCUCUUUGUUCGGCGCUGCUCCACCAUCUUCUUCGCAACCCCAGCAGUCCGGCGGCCUCUUUGGUCAAUCCAACCCUACAUCACAACCACAACAAUCUGGCGGCCUCUUUGGUGCUGCUGCCCCUGCCGCUCAACCUGCCAAACCCACUCUUAGCCUUUUCGGCAACAACUCAGCGAACACAUCCAAUACUCAACCACAGCAACAAUCCGGAGGCCUCUUCGGCAACAACACAACCGCCACCUCGAACACCCAACCACAGUCGGGAGGUCUCUUUGGAAACACAACUGCCAACAACAACACGUCAACCACCGGCGGCAUGUUUGGAAGCUCGCAACAACCCGCUCAGAACAAGCCUAAUCUGUUCGGUGCUUCAAACCCUGCCCCAAGUCUCUUUGGAGGCAGUACCGCUCAACCCUCGAACAACAACUUCGGAUCAUCCCUACUGAACCCCAUCGGCAACUCAAAUGCUAGAUCCAUGGCCGGCAGCCUCACCAUGGGCCAAGGCAACACCCAGACCAACACACAACCUGGCGUCAAGAUUGACAUAUCAAACCUCCGCCCGACCACACGCUUCAGCGAUCUACAUGACGACCUCAAGAAACAAAUCGAGUCAAUCGACGCUUUCAUCAGACAACAAGAAUCUUUCGCUACUCAAUGCGAAGGCAUGAUCGGCCGCCAUGCUGACGAUGUUGAGAGCAUCAAGCCCGACGUCGAUCUGAUUCAGAACAAAAUCGAGACGGUCGAACUUGCUCUUGAAAACGACGGUGCAGCCAUUGAGAACGCAAAGGAACUGGUUCAGAGAGACGCCGGAGACCUGAUCAGAGUUGCUCGCAUGGCCGAGAACUUGCAACUCCCUCAGCAAUACCACUAUGGAAGAAGCAACAGACCCUCAACGACCGACGACGAAUACGAUAUCGAUCUUGUUGGCUACUUCGGCAAGCAAGCCGAAGUUAUGCAGCAGACUCUCGACACAUACACCUCUCAUCUCGCAGAAAUCGAAGCACACCUUCGGGUUGUCGAAAGCAGCACCGUACAACAAGCACAUCAACUUGCCGCUCAAAGGUCAGGAGGUCGCGCCGGAAAUAGCGCAGACAAUGUCCGGGAGCUGGCAGAAACCCUUCGCGGCUUCGAGAGUGGCAUCUUGGGCGCUGCAGGUCUGGUCGGUUCCUGCAGGGAGGGUGUGAACGAAUUGAUUCUUGGCAAAAUCGGCAACGAUCCUCGAGAGAGUGUCGGAUAUGGUGGCAGAAGAUCUGUCAGAUUCUAA